UGGAUUUGCAGCCUCAGUAUUGGGCGUGCUCUAGAAGCUGGAACCUUUGUCUGAAGACAACAAGCAGAGAUGGAGAAGAGAAAUGGAUUGGUUACUUUCUAUAACUAAUCGCAUGAUUGAGCUAGUCCCAUCAAGCUAGAUGGAAAAAAUGGGAGAUCACUUGAGGUACAUAAGCUAAGUUGUUUUGAAAAACAUAUACACUCCACAUUUCAAUAAAAGAACCUGAACUGGAUUUCUUUUAUAUGAAUCUGCCCCGCUCUCAGGAAACUGGACUCCAUGAUUAUUGAAUGUUCUCCCUUCUCUUUGAUCAAGUGUUCAACUUCUUUGUUCUUUCUCCUAAUCUGAUGAAUGCACAUGAAACACUGGACUCUGUGGUAAAUACAGAGUUUUGGUACUCAGAAGUAGGUCGUAAGGCAAAGGGAAAGAACAAGAUUGCAAGGGAGAGCAAAAGAUGAUAUAUGACUUCCAUCUCCUAAAGUUUUCGAUCCUUCUAACACCAUUUUGGAAUCAUGUAUAAUUUUGAAGCAUGCAAUAUUGUUCAACGUGUAAUCAUCCAAUUCAUAGUUUAAUCUUGUCCUCAUGAUUACAUAAUAUAUAUGAGAUUCUGCAUUAACAGUAUUUCCUUUGUGUUACAUGUCUACAACACCAAAUGAUUAACCUAUAAAUAAAGUGUACGGGAAAAAAAUAUUAAACUAAAAAUCUUUAAACUGUGAGCAAGUCAUUGACCCCAAAACUAUAUUAGUCUUUAAGUAAAUAACUAAAUGAUUAUAGCUUGUGCUAUAAGGUAAUACAUAACAUAUAAUCACACAAACAUACUCAAAGAUGAUAAAUAUCUAAAUCUCCCAAGUCCCAGUUUAAAGACGUUUUCAUAAAAUCAAGAUAGUAAUUCCCUUACACCCCCCACUAAUCUCAACUUAAAUGAUCAGCCAUAAUGAAAAAAAUUAAAAGCUAAUCACAUCGCCUUUCAGACUUUCACCUCCAGCUCACAUAGCUAUGAACUCCUUAGACCGUUUCCAUCUCUUCGCUUUCUCAAUCUCUUUGUAUAUAAAUACUCCUCCUCCACCACACUCUAUCCAUCACAAUCUCUCCAAACUCAAGAAAUGACAACCCUAACUCUCCUCUUCACUUCCUUCUUCUUCUUGAUGACUCUCUCUUCAUCAACCAACCCAAGAAACUUCACCGUCGAGCUGAUUCACCGUGACUCUCCCCAUUCCCCAGUCUACAACCCACAAACCACCCCCACCGACCGCCUCAACGCAGCUUUCCUCCGCUCCAUCUCUCGUUCCCGCCGCUUCAGCCACCACUCCCAAACCGAUCUCCAGUCCGGUCUAAUAGGAGCAGGAGGCGAGUUCUUCAUGAGUAUCACCCUCGGUACUCCACCAAUGAACGUCCUCGCGAUAGCCGACACAGGAAGCGACUUAACUUGGGUCCAAUGCAAACCGUGUCAACAGUGUUACAAAGAGAACGGUCCACUCUUCGACAAAACUCAAUCCUCUACUUACAAGAGCGUUCCUUGCGAGUCACGUAACUGUAACGCUUUAUCUACCAACGAACGUGGAUGCGACGAAGCUAAGAACGUAUGUAAGUACCGUUACUCUUACGGAGACCAAUCGUUCACUAAAGGAGACGUUGCGACAGAAACUAUAUCUAUUAACUCUGCUUCAGGCUCUCCUGUCUCUUUCCCCGGAACUGUGUUCGGUUGCGGCUACGACAACGGCGGUACCUUCGACGAGACUGGUUCUGGUAUCAUCGGUCUCGGUGGCGGUCAGUUAUCACUAAUCUCCCAGCUCGGUUCGUCGAUUUCUAAUAAAUUCUCUUAUUGCUUGUCGCACAAGUCAGCUACCGUAAACGGCACAAGCGUCAUAAACCUAGGAACCAACUCGAUACCUUCCGGUCUUAACGAGGCUUCCCACGUGAUAUCAACUCCUUUGGUCGAAAAAGAGCCGAAGACUUACUAUUACUUGACGCUGGAAGCUAUCUCCGUCGGCAAAACCAAGAUUCCCUACACCGGGACCUCGUAUUACCCUAACAACGACGACGUUUCGAUGAAGGGAAACAUCAUAAUAGACUCUGGAACGACGCUGACGCUACUCGAGUCAGGUUUUUACGACGGGUUUGGCGCGGCGGUGGAAGGGGCCGUGACUGGAGCUAAGCGUGUGAGUGAUCCCCAGGGGCUUUUGUCGCAUUGUUUCAAGUCGGGGAGUGCAGAGAUCGGUUUGCCGGAGAUAACCAUGCAUUUCACCGGAGCUGACGUGAAGCUGAGUCCUCUCAACGCGUUUGUGAAAGUGAGUGAAGACAUGGUCUGCAUGAGUAUGAUUCCGACCACCGAAGUUGCUAUCUACGGGAACUUUGCUCAGAUGGAUUUUCUAGUUGGCUAUGACUUGGAGACCAGAACGGUCUCGUUUCAACGCAUGGAUUGUACAAAUACCAUAUGAGACCAAUGUUAUAGAGAUUAUAAAAUCAUAAUCAAAGUUUAAAUAAAUGUCACACUAUUUUCUAUACUCUCUCUUUGAUAUUGGGACUUG